AUGCAAACCUCCACCAUCCUCACCAUCGCCAUCGCGGCGCUUCUCCAGGGCGCGACCGCCGUUCCCGCACCAGAGAUAACCUCGUCACCCACCUCUCUCCCAGGACACUACGUCUGCACCUCCAUCACCACCAUCACCACGACCCAGCCACCCAUAUUCCAAUGUCUACCCGUGUGCUCCACGCCAUCGAGCGUCUGCUCCCCGGGCGAACCGACCGCGAAGCCGUUCCCCACCAUCACCACGACCCCGUCGCCCGGGUGCACUGCCUCCGUUGUCGUCGUCGAGGGCGGUUGUGAUCAUUGUCCUACUUGCCACCUCCCGAACCCGACUGCUUAG